AGCGCUAAGGGUGCCGGCACACGGUUAGCACGCGGCAGCACACUCCGGCGCCGUCGGCCCACACGCACGCACGUGUCGCCUCCAGAUACCCGAAGUGUGUUCAAGACAUCGAUAAGAUGUGCCUUAAUAUGCACCUUAUGUUAACGAACAAGUGACAAUAAAUUAAAUAUUAGUGACAAUAAAUUAAAUAUUAGUGACAAUAAAUCAAAUAUUGGUGACAAUAAAUUAAAUAUUGGUGAAAAUAAAUUAAAUAUUGGUGAAAAUAAAUAUUGGUGGCAUUAAUUAAAUAGUGAUUAUGGAAUAUCAUCACCGUCACAUGGAGUCCAGCUCAUCACUCCAACCUCAUCAGGGGCAGCCCCAGUGGGGCUACGGAUGGGGACCUCCGGCGCCAGCGCCUGCGCCACCUCCGCCCGCUCAACGGAAUAAAAGAACCCAUUCGGAGAGUGAGGACGACGCGUUUUCAGAAGAAAGCAGUAAGGAUGCGCAAUCUCCAGGUGGUGAUUCCUGUCAGCUGAUGACGAGGAAGCGACGGCGGGGCGUGAUAGAGAAGAAGCGCAGAGACCGCAUCAACACCUCGCUGACUGAACUGAAGCGGCUGGUGCCCGCUGCCUGUGAGAAGCAGGGCAGCGCCAAGCUGGAGAAAGCGGAGAUUCUCCAACUCACUGUUGACCAUUUGAAGAUGUUACAUUCAAAAGGACUUGACACAUUCGCGUACGACCCUCAGAGAUACGCCAUGGACUACCACAGCAUCGGGUUCAGGGAGUGUGCUGCGGAAGUCGCCAGGUAUCUAGUCAGCUGCGAGGGUUUGGACAUUCAGGAUCCUCUGCGGCUCAGGCUAAUGAGCCACCUCCAAUGUUUCGCGGCACAGCGGGAGUUGGCUGCCAAAUCUGCCAAUUGGGGCUACCCUCAAUAUCCCUCGACACCUGUACCUCAGACACAGCAUGGGUAUACGGAACUAGGGCAUAGGCAGGAAACAGCUACCAGUACAGCAUCAGCGACGGUUGCAGCACCCACAGCGAUAGCCGCGCCGUUGUCAGCACCUCCAAGUUAUCCACAUUACCCCCCUGCUCCUCCAGGUCCUCCGGCGCCCCCUGGUCCGCACCCUGCCCCACCAGCUCCUCAUUACCCAGCACCAUACCCUCACCAUCCAACACAUCAUCAGUACUCACAGAACAGUUCGAAACCAUACAGACCUUGGGGAGCUGAGUUAGCCUAUUAGGACUGUUAUGUGAAUUUUAUUCAAAUUAUUCCAUUUAAAAGAUUAAUUUAAACUCAAAUUAAGGGGUACAUAUAUAUUAAU